AAGAAGAAGAGUCUCUGCGAGGGAACCUUGGGACGUGGCUCCCGCCGAGAUGACCCACCUGCAGGCCGGCCUGUCGGCGGCCACCCUCGAGAAGGCCAAAGCGGAGUUGAAGGAAAACCCCGAGACGCUCCACCAGGACAUCCAAGAGGUGCGCGAUAUGAUCAUCACGAGGCCGGACAUCGGCUUCCUGCGGACGGACGACGCCUUCAUUCUCAGGUUCCUGCGGGCCAGGAAGUUUAACCACUUUGAGGCCUUCCGUCUCCUGGCCCAGUACUUUGAAUACAGACAACAGAACCUGGACAUGUUCAAGAACCUGAAGGCCACCGACCCCGGGAUCAAGCAGGCGCUUAAGGACGGAUUUCCCGGCGUGCUGGCCAACUUGGACCGACACGGACGGAAGAUUCUGCUCCUCUUUGCGGCCAACUGGGACCAGAGCAGGUACACGUUUGUGGACAUUCUGAGGUCCAUCCUGCUGUCUCUGGAGUCCAUGAUCGAGGACGCCGAGCUGCAGGUGAACGGCUUCAUCCUGGUCAUUGAUUGGAGCAACUUCACCUUCAAGCAAGCCUCCAAGCUCACGCCCAGCAUGCUCAGGCUCGCCAUCGAAGGGUUGCAGGACAGUUUUCCGGCCCGUUUUGGAGGAAUCCACUUUGUGAACCAGCCCUGGUACAUCCACGCUCUCUACACUGUCAUCAGGCCCUUCCUCAAGGACAAGACCAGGAAGCGGAUCUUCAUGCACGGCAACAACCUGACCAGCCUGCACCAGCUGCUGCAUCCGGAGAUCCUGCCGUCAGAACUGGGCGGGAUGAUGCCACCGUACGACAUGGGCACCUGGGCCAGAACCCUGCUGGAGCACGCAUACGACGAGGACGGGGAACCAGACGCGGGACCUGACGGAGGACCGGAGGCUUACGCGUUCUCUGUCCAGGACCUGCACAAAGAUGUAGACCUCUCGCCCAAAACCAUGAAGAGGUCCCAGUCGGUGGUGGAACCUGGCGUACUAAAGCGACCUGACAAGGUCAAAUGCGAUGAGGACAACAUGCAGCCGCUGCUCUCGCUGGACUGAAUACAAAGCCACUUGGAGCCAUCCUUGGAAACAUCUCUGUGUGGAGUUCCUCUGAGAGGUUUACGCCACUUCCGACUUCUGUGUUUGUCAAGUGCCGAGUCCACAAAACUCGGUUCUUCCGAGUGAUUGUCUUCAAAUGAUUCCCGUGCCCAGAUGGCAACGCGAGUGAUGGCACGCAAGCUUUUCCGACGUCUUAGUACCAGGAUUUCCCCCAAGUGCUCUGGAGGAGCAAGAUGGACGUGGAGACAGACCAGCAAACCUCCCUUUAUGAAAAGAAAUGAAUGAUCAUGUUUGAUUUGCUUCUGAUCAACAAACAGCUCGCAUAACAGCAACCUCUAUUUGGAUUUCUUAUGACAACAAAAUGUCACAUGGCCCAUAUAUGUGACAAGAGCGUCACUGUAUACCAUCCAUCCAGUUUCUUCCACUUAAAUUUUGUAUACAGCAAUCCUCCAUCACAGGUUCUGGGUUCCAGUUAUUUUGCUUUUAUUCGUGGUAAUUUUUGUACUUUAGUCAUUUUGCCAGCAUUUUGCGGCUUUUUUUUUUUUUUGCGGCCACCGUAUUUACCGUAAAGUCCGUAUUUACGGAUUCCGCCAAUCAGAGCGUCACUAUGAUUUGGCAGCCGCUGAUUGGCUUUCAGGCGCUUCGCGGGCUGAUCACGUUGUUGAUCACUUCCGCGUUGGUUAAAAGUCGUGAAAACCCGACAAAAAAACUCAAAAAACUCACAAUUUACUAUUUCAAAAUAACCUGGGUGAAGCCAACUAAGUAUUCAAAAGAAGAAGAAAACGCAGCUAACCGGUGGAACAUUUUCGACUUUCCCAAAGGAGACAUUUUGAAACGGGAAUGUAAAGUUGUAAUGGAGCAGUUUCAUCGUCAUUGCCGAUGGCAAUUGGUGCAGUGCCCCAUCAGAUCCAGCAGAUGGUGCUGCAGUUAAAGAAAAACCUCUCCAACAAGUAUUUU